AUGCAGCAUUCACGGCCGCCUCACCUCCCUUCCUUCUGCUCGUCGUUCAAGAAACACCGGUUCAGCAUCGACAACUCCAGGUUUACCCUCGACCUCAGCCUGCCGAAACCAAUCGCUGCGCCCGCCUGGGCAUCUCUUCCUACACCUCCCAUGUCCGGUUCUCCCCCACCGGAGCCACCCGUUGAACCUCCACAGAUUGCCGGGCGCCGAAGAAAGCGGUCACAUACUCCCCCCGUAAGCAACACCACUACUGGCGAGACUGCCGUCACCUCACCUGCGACACCACUGGAACAAACCGCUUCAAGGUUCGGUGUGCAUGCAAGAGGUGGUGAAACACUUACAGAAGCUCCCGUACAGCCUGGUCCAUUUGCGUUGUCAUAUCCACAUCCAGGAUCGUAUCAAUCCCCUUCAAGCCUACCUACCAGUUCUGUGGGCGGACAAGAGUCUCGCUAUGUAUUGUCUUCAGUCUCGCCACGGUCCGCACGGAAGGCCAAGGCCCAUGUUGCUUCGGCCUGUAUCAACUGCAAAAAGAAGCACUUGAGAUGCGACAACAGUCGUCCAUGCAGGCGGUGUGUUGCAAGCGGGAAAGAGGACUCAUGUGUUGAUGUCGAGCAUAAAAAGAGAGGACGACCUCCUUUGAAGCCCGAGGAUCCUUCUGCAAGACGAGGCUUUGAAACUACAAUGUCCUCUAUUGGGGGACCAUUGGCAGACCCGAUGAGAAGGAUGCCCGGCUCCGACGUCUUCCAAACCGCAGGCGGACAGCGAGGGUUUAGGCCUCUGCAAGCAUAUGAUCCGUCAAGAGGACCCCCGUUGAGAGGGCCGCCCUUUCAGUCCAUGUAUGCUCCGCCAUCCAUUUCUCCGAGUCCAGCCACUGCACUAGGGACGUUUGUUCCCUCUUCACGACAAUACCCGUCUGUGCCUGCGCCGAUUCCUGGGUCUGGACAAGCGCCGUUACCGGGACACGGCCCUCAGCCUCCUGACCCUGCACUCAGGCCCAUUGCAUCCUAUUCGGGCGGAUAUAGUUACCCGCCUCCUCAGGGUCAGAUGGGCCCUCCUUCCCACAUGCCCUUCGCAAAUCCUAUCUUUCCACGUCCACCUGAGCGAGGAACAGCAUACCAUAGGGAGUCACUCCCACCCUUACAGGGUCAAGCAAGUCUUCAACUACCACCUAUACGACCGUCUGCGGCUGCGCCAAUAGACCCUGCCAUUACUCAACCUCCUGGCGCAACCGCCCAACCGCCUCUCCGAGCCGAACGAGGGGUCCGUGAGGAGGGAACGCAUGAUGAGCCUGAUCCAAAACGACCAAAGAUGGACAUCCAAGGCAUUUUAGGGCCUCGGCAUGACUGA